CCGACACCGCCUCCAAGUGUUGACUACCAAGCAGUCUUGUUGUCGCUCGCCGAUGAGUACAUGAGUGGCGCUUAUUCCAUGAGCAGCAUGCUUGUCGCAGGCGACUACCCGGAGAAUGAGCUCGCGCAGUAUCAUCAACUUGUCAGCACUGCCAUGGGCUGUCUUGAAUCUGUACUGCAGAAUUACCGGCAGCAAGACCCUCGGAAGGAAGCACGCAUCCGUUUGCGCCUUGCAACAUUACUCUUCGACGAGACAGAGAACGCGGCGCAAGUCGAGGAAGUGCUCAGCAAGGGCAUCGCACUUUGUGAACGAAGCAGGUUGGUCGACCUCAAGUAUGCGAUGCACCACCUUUUGGUGCGACAGGCGGCGAAGACGAGCCCAAAAGCGGCCGUGAAAACGAUCGAGAUACUCAUCGCCGAGGUCGAAACACUCGGGCUUACUCAUUGGAUUUACGUCUUUCGUUUCCUGCGCGUGACUCUCGGCCUGCAGAGAAGUGAUAUCCCGGACAUUGCUAAUCUUAUCAAACACCUUGAGUCAGUCGUAUCAAAGGCGAAGUCACGAGGUGAUGUUACUGUGCAGAUCGUUGCUACCGCACUGGAGAUCAUGUUGCACCUGCGCUCCGACUCGUCCGAGAAGUUCGAGCACGUGCAAAGAGCAUUCGCUACCGCCAGGAUGCACCAGCUCAGUCCGGAAAUGCAGGCGCUGCCACAAGUCAGAGCAUUGCUUGACUGCUUAGACCUAGCAUGCGCUUUGAUGCAGUUCAGUCCUGAUCAGAUCGCGGAAAAGCUGCAAGCCAUGCAUAACAAUAUGGACGAGGCCGCGCGCGACAAGGGGUGGACUAAGGACGGCAGCUUCGUCGUACCGCUUGGCGUCGCUGCUAGUGGAGGCCUAGAGCUGGAGACUGCCGGCAUACUGACCAGCUCUUCGGAUGGCAAGGCUUCUCUCGCAUUUCAGUGGCUGCCGCGAGGUGCGGUCUACACGCUCGGCUACCUCCUGAGCGGUAUUGCUACCUCGGCGAAGCAUCCAGGCGACUCGAAAGCCGAAAGCUAUCUCAAUGAAGCCUUGAAGCUCGUAACGGUAAAGGCCGAGAAUCAAUCGCAGCCGCUCUCCGCGGUGGCGGACGCGACCAGCUGGGAGAAGGCGACAAAUGCUGCAACACGCUUGCAGCUCGUAUUUGCCCACUGCAACCGUUUCGACUGGAUAGCGGCAUCGAAAGCUCUGGAGGAGCUCGACGAGAUGUCCGCGCAGUCCGAGGUCGCCUUCGAUGACCUUACUGCCGUAACUGCCACAUACCUCAACGCCGUUUGUAAGCAAGGUCUUGGAGACAUUCCUGGUGCAUCAGAACUUUACGCAUUACCGCAGCUCAAGUUCAAGAGCAACAGCAAAGCGCCUAGUGCUCUGAAAGACAUACAGGCCACCGCAACGCUCAGUCGCAUACUUAUACUUCGCCAUGAAGGAGACGUACAGCAAGCUGACCAGCUCUUGGGCAGCGUAGAGUCGUACUGCCUAACGCACGGCAACAAGUCACUCGUAGCAGCAUACUAUAUCGUCAAGUCGCUGAACCAAGCGCCGAACAAUGCCAUUAUCAAGCUCAAGCAGUUCCUGCAAUCUGCCGUUCAAGCAGCAAAGACGGCUAGCAACCAACCGCUCAUCUGUAUAGUCAUGAACCUCAUGACACAAUCCUUCUUCAGCAACAUCAUCGGCGAUCAAGCCGUGAAAUCGGCCCGCGUAAGCCGGACCCUCGCGCUGAAGGCGAACAACCGCCUCUGGACCGCCGUCGCGGAUCGUAUGUACGCUGGAACACUCGAAUUGUCAGGCGAAGGGAAGGAUGCAGAGAACGCAAGGCGGGAUGCCAUUGAGAACAUGCAAAAGUUACCAGAGCCGCUGAAG